AUGGUGAUGUCCAACAAUUACAUCCCACAGACGGAGAACCUCAGCUACCUCAUCGACACGGUGGAGGAGCUCAGCGCAGUGUGUAGCGAUGGGAGCCGCCUCAAGGAUGAGAUUGUUGAUGGAGUUGAUACGCUGAUACGGAGAAUUAACACCGAUGCCGGUAUAACGGGCGACCGAACAGAAGCGGUGUCACAGGUUGACGUCUUUCUCCAGGAGCAUGGCGAUCCUGGUUUGAGUGCGAAGAACGAGCUCUCCAAGGUUGAGGAGCUGAGGGAGCAGAACAGACGCUUGAAGGCGUUGCUACGACGUAAGGUUGAGUACAAGCAGCAGGUUGUCCAACUGAAUUCCGAAUAUGAGGAUAGGAUCACAGAGGUGAUGCUCCACAUUAGACAGUUCAAAGAUAAAGAAGACAAGGUGAAGUUUCAGACGAUGAAGGAAUGCUUCGCCAAGGUGGAGCAAGCACAGGAACGGGAGUUUGAAGCCUACCAUUUACUAGUGAGAAAUGAAGAGGUGACGCAGAAACUGGCACAUGAACUUGAGCAGUUCUAUGAAGUGUUUGAUAAGAACCGUGCGAAUGACAUCAAGGCACAGACACUGGCAUCGUUAUUGAAAGAGACGAAUGUUGGUGGUGGUAUCCAGAAGUGA